AUAUAUGGUAAGACUAUUACAUCGAAUGUAAGACAUUUUUUCUUGUUGUGACGAGGGCGGAAGCUGAUCGAAUUAUUCAGCUGUCUAACGUGUUGACAUUAUCAGCUAAUUAUCGCUAUGGCUUUUUCACUAUGCAAGCAACAACGCACGUGUUUUCGAUGUACGAACCUUAUAUAUCGGCUUCAACCUACCACGCCCCUUACACGUGGAAUGAGGGACGAGGCUUACUUCAGGUCGAAGGAGUACCGGGAGAGAACGUCAUCGGUUACGACUUUCUACGACCAAAGUGCCAUAGACCAUGUAGCAGCUAAGCCCUCUGUUCGACUAACACCCUCAAGUCUGCUGUAUGGGGGACACAGUCAUGACAAAAGCCAUAUACUGAGAAGUGCCCAGUACCUGUAUAAUGAGUUACCUGUGAGAUUAGCACAUAGGAUAGAGGCAUUCAGGAAUCUCCCUUUCAUUGUCGGAUGUAACUCAACAAUUUUAAAAGUGCAUGAGAUGUAUAUAAGGGCUUUCCACACCCUGUACGAUCAUGAAAAGGUGAAAGACAUGGAGUCAGAACAGAAAUACUCUGAUACUUUAGAGAGGCUGCUGGAUCAGCACAAAGAUGUCAUCACACUGCUGGCACAGGGCUUUUCUGAAAGUAGGAAACACAUAAAGGAGGAACAGAUAAUUCAAGCAUUCUUGGACAGAACAUUGAAGUCACGACUGGGAAUACGUGUUCUAGCCCAGCAUCACCUGGCAAUGCACAAAGAGCAGCCAAACCAUGUGGGAAUCAUCGACGUAUGCUUCAGUCCACGCACUCUACUUGAAAAUAGUGCAGAGUUUUUAAGAACAUUGUGUAAGGACAGAUAUGGAUGUGCCCCUAAUGUACAGCUGCAGGGCCACAUGUCAGUCAAGUUUCCUUACAUGCCCCAACCAGUGGAAUAUAUUGUAGGGGAGGUGAUGAAAAAUGCAAUGAGAGCGAAUGUGGAGAAUAACCUACGGAACUACAGUAAUAUACCAGACAUCGCUGUUACAUUAGCCAACAAUAAUACAGACUUCAUCAUCAAGAUAUCUGACAGGGGUGGCGGUAUUCCACACGAUAUCGUUGACAAGGUAUGGCGAUAUAAUUAUACAACUGCUGAUUCUCUAACGGAUGAUCAGGAGCAAACUGGUGGCAUUUUCGGGGAAGUGAUUAGUCCAGCUGGAAGAGGAGGAGAAUCUGCAAGUCGUAUGCAUGGGUAUGGUUUCGGAUUGCCUACAGCUAGAGCUUACGCUGAGUUCCUCGGAGGAUGUAUAACUCUGGAGACCAUGCAGGGUAUAGGGACAGACGUAUACAUCCGUCUCUCCCAUAUCGACUCUAUCAGCAGCGUCAACAAACCAAGCUUUAGGAUCUAAUCACAAGUGUUGAGUAUGCAGUAUAGAUAGGGACAUUCCAUCUACAGAAUAACACCAUGUGGUCGUUGUGUAGAUUUGUCUUUUUGAUGCAGAUGACAGAACAAGUUUUUGUUAAAUACACGAAAGAUUUUACCAUGGAGAUAAUGCAUUCGGCUUUAGCCACGAAAGAAAGUACUCUCUACAGUUUUAUGUUUUAGUGUCGUUAAACUCUGGUUAGUUAACAAUAUGUCAGAUUUUAUCAUCGAUGUUCGAUUGAUAUCGAUAUUUGGAAUAUAACGUUAAUUAUUAUCACUUUACAGCAGUCCUUAUGUAUUAUCAGACUGCAUCAACUGUUCCAUAUAUACAUGUAUAGAUUAUUUUUAUAAUGCCAACAGUUCCAGCCUCAAAUAUAUUGAUUGUAUUUUUCUUUAACCUUACACUCGAACGUCAUUGUAUUAUCUACACAUCAUUAUCUUAUUUAACUUUCGUCUGUGUUCGUUCAUUGACGAUAGAAGGCCAACUUUGUU